AUGAGUAAAGAUAUUACAUUACCUGGAAUCCGGCGAACUUGUGACAAAAUUCAAUCUGUUUUGAUGCGGAAGGAACUAAAUUUAAAAUCAUAUUUUAUAUCACUUGAUUGCAAGCGUACUGGUUUAGUUACGGAAACAAAAUUCUUUACUGUGAUUUACAAUCAACUUGGACAUGAAUUUGGCGUAUGUCAAGAAGAAGUGAAAGAGUUAACUGAUUACUUUAAGGAACAAGACGGAAGAGUUUGCUACAAAGAAUUUCUUGAUCAAGUCUUACCAAAAGAAAAAGAAUGUAAAGCAUUUGUAAGUGGAUUAGAAUGGGAAAGCCAUGAUCACGUAAAUGUUUUGACAAGUUUUGAAUUACGUCAAUUGGAUUUGAUUCUCACUAAAAUAACUUACUCAUUGAGAUGUCGAGAAUGUCAAAUUGACGAUUACUUCAAGGAUUACGAAUGGAUAGGCAAUGGAUGUGGAACAAUGUCAAUUGCACAUUUUCAACGAAUUCUCGACCAAGCUGGAAUCACUUUGGGACCAAAAGAGUUUCAACUGGUUGUCAGACGUUUCUUAAAAUACGGUUACGUGAUUAACUACAUCGCAUUUCUUGAUGCUAUCCAUGAAAUUUUAAAAUGGUUCGAUAGAAAUGGAUUUCUUAAUACUGGAAAAGAUUUUCUUGAGAACUAUCCUGGAAAAGUUAUAACAAUUGAAAAUCUCGAACAACUUCCACGUCCUGAAGUGUGUAAUGUUGAUAUAGCUAAAGUCUUCGAUACAACAAAGUCAUGCCAUCCGUUUAAUGAUCAAAAUAAAAGGAAACAAGAAAUGGAUAUGUCUGAAUUGUUGCUUCGUAUCAAGAAACAUAUUUAUGACAACAAAAUCAGAUCACGAGAAUUUUUUGAGAAAUUUGAUAAACUUCGACGAGGUUUCGUGACAAAAUUUCAGUUUCAUCGCGGAUUGGAAGCUAUCGGCAUUUCUGGACUUCAUCGUUUAUACAUUGCAAAGCAUGAUUUGGAGAAAAUUUUUGAUGCUUACAAAUAUCAACGCGAUCCUGAUCGAAUUUCAUGGAAGGAUUUUUGUGAUGACAUUGAUGAAGUUUUUACCGUCAAAAAUCUCGACAAGCUACCUUAUGUUGUCGUUAAGUCACCACCAGAUGAGAUCAAAGAUCUUCCAUGUAAAGGUUCAAUCGAUUGGAAUUCAGCUUCAAAAUCAAUGCACGAAACUGCACAAGAAGCAAUUUUUCGUAUCCGUGACAUCGUCAAGUCUCGUCGCAUCUUCAUCGAAGUGUUUUUUAAUGGUUUCGAUAAAUUGAAUCACUUUCAUGUUAGUUCAGAUCAAAUGCGAAGAGUUUUCAGUUCGAAUUCAAUUUUAUUGUCUGAGAAGGAAAUUCAAGCUUUGAUUUUAUGUUAUGGAGAUGACAUGGGAUUCAAUUAUUGGAAGUUCAUGAGAGAUGUCAAUGAAGUUCAAUUUUGUGAAGCAAAACAUAAGAAAAUUGUUGAGUUCUUGCAACGUCUUCAUUGUCAACAAAAAGAUCCAUGCAGUAAUCCUAAUUAUUCAGUCGUUGAGAUCUUGGCCAAAAUUAAAAAUCAAGUAACACGAAAUCGAAUCAACAUUGAACAAUUUAUGAAAGAUGGAGAGAAAUUAAAUAACGGAAUGCUUUCAGCAUGUCAAUUUCGAGCUCGAUUUCCAUCUGCUGGAAUAUUUCUAACCGAUUGUGAACUUGAUAUUCUCUGCAAUGCUUUCAAGUACUCAACGUGUAAAGAUAAAAUUAACUUUAGAACAUUUUGUGAAAUGAUGAAUCAAGCAUUCUUCGAUGUGAAACUUGAGAAACGACCUUGCACUGUGCCAACACAACACGUUCCAUCUUCAGAUGAUUAUUUAAAUUUCUUAACAUACGAAGAACGUCAUAUUGCAUCUCAUGCACUUCAGAAGCUUGCACGACAUUACAACAACGUUUCAAACAUGGAAACUUUCUUCAAAGAUCGAGAAACAAAAUGUUUUAUUAGCAAGGAAACAUUCCGACAAGUUUUGACUAUUUGUGGGGGUUUAAUGGACGUCAUUACACAAAAAGAACUUGACGUCUUAUACAAAACAUUCUCAAUUGCCACUCAUAGCAAUGGACGAAAAUUUAAUUACAGAAACUUCUUAACAAUCCUCAAACACGUUUAUAAUUUAUAA